CACAGUGGUCCACUCAUCCGGUUACAGCGGCAGCGGCAGCAGCAGCAGCCUGAGCACGAACAGCGAUAGCUCCGGGUUUCCAGACGGGAACUGUGGCCACGGCAACAGCUCAGUGGGGGGCACCUGUGCGAAGCAGGAGUAGCAGGGCGAGGGGGUGGGGUUCUUGCCAGCCACUCUCUGAGCCCGAAGGAAGGGGCACCUCCCAGCUGAGAUUCCAGUGCUCAGCAGAAUCUCUCACCGAACUGGGAAUACUGGUGGGGACAGACAUGUGCUGGACCAGCUAGAGGGCUGGGGUAGGUAAACAUUAGGUCCAAGCGUAGAGUGGCAGUGAAGCUGUGUCUGGGACCAUGACGGCCUCACACCUGGACUUUGGGGAAGUGGAAACUUUCCUGGACAGACACCCAGAGUUAUUUGAAGAUUACCUGAUGCGAAAGGGGAAGCAGGAGAUGGUGGAGAAGUGGCUGCAGAGACACAGUGAGAGUCAGGGGGCUGUAGGCCCGAGGCCCGCAGUGGCCAGCACCAACAGCUUGGCUCACAGCGGUGGCAGACGCAGCGGCAGUGUUGGUGGUGGCCCUGGACCAAAUAGCUCUGCCAACAGCCAGCCCACUCUGGGCGGCGGGGACUGUGGUGGGGUUCCCCUGAGUCCCAGCUGGGCCAGUGGCAGCGGGGGCGACGGGAACCUGCAGCGGAGAGCUUCUCAGAAAGAGCUAAGGAAGAGUUUUGCUCGCUCCAAGGCCAUCCACGUGAACAGGACCUACGAUGAACAGGUGACCUCCCGGGCCCAGGAGCCCCUGAGCAGUGUGCGGCGGAGGGCGCUUCUCCGGAAGGCCAGCUCCCUGCCCCCCACCACAGCCCACAUUCUCAGUGCCCUGCUGGAAUCCAGGGUGAAUCUGCCUCAGUACCCCCCUACGGCCAUGGACUACAAGUGCCACCUCAAAAAGCAUAAUGAGCGUCAGUUCUUCCUGGAACUGGUCAAGGAUAUCUCCAAUGACCUUGACCUUACCAGCCUGAGCUACAAGAUCCUCAUCUUUGUCUGCCUCAUGGUGGACGCUGACCGCUGCUCUCUCUUCCUGGUGGAAGGGGCAGCUGCUGGCAAGAAGAGCUUGGUCUCCAAAUUCUUUGAUGUGCAUGCAGGAACCCCACUGCUGCCCUGCAGCAGCACAGAGAACUCAAACGAAGUGCAGGUCCCCUGGGGCAAAGGCAUUAUUGGCUAUGUCGGGGAGCAUGGAGAAACGGUCAACAUUCCUGAUGCCUACCAGGAUCGAAGAUUCAAUGAUGAAAUUGAUAAACUAACUGGAUACAAGACAAAAUCACUCUUGUGCAUGCCUAUCCGAAGCAGCGAUGGUGAGAUUAUUGGUGUGGCCCAGGCGAUAAAUAAGAUUCCUGAAGGUGCUCCAUUUACAGAAGAUGAUGAAAAAGUUAUGCAGAUGUAUCUUCCAUUUUGUGGAAUUGCCAUAUCUAAUGCUCAGCUAUUUGCUGCCUCAAGGAAAGAGUAUGAAAGAAGCAGGGCUUUGCUAGAGGUUGUUAAUGACCUAUUUGAAGAACAGACUGACCUGGAGAAAAUUGUCAAGAAAAUAAUGCAUCGGGCCCAAACUCUGUUGAAAUGUGAACGCUGUUCUGUUUUACUCCUGGAGGACAUUGAAUCACCAGUGGUGAAGUUUACCAAAUCCUUUGAACUGAUGUCCCCAAAGUGCAGCGCUGAUGCUGAGAACAGUUUCAAAGAGAGCAUGGAGAAAUCCUCAUAUUCCGACUGGCUUAUAAAUAACAGUGUUGCCGAGCUAGUGGCUUCCACAGGCCUCCCGGUGAACAUCAGCGAUGCCUACCAGGAUCCUCGCUUUGAUGCCGAGGCUGACCAGAUAUCUGGUUUUCACAUAAGAUCUGUUCUCUGUGUCCCUAUUUGGAAUAGCAACCACCAAAUAAUUGGAGUGGCUCAGGUGUUAAAUAGACUUGAUGGGAAAGCUUUUGAUGACGCAGAUCAACGACUUUUUGAGGCUUUUGUCAUCUUCUGUGGCCUUGGCAUCAACAACACAAUUAUGUACGAUCAAGUGAAGAAGUCCUGGGCCAAACAGUCUGUGGCUCUUGAUGUGCUGUCAUACCAUGCAACAUGUUCAAAAGCUGAAGUUGACAAGUUUAAGGCAGCCAACAUCCCUCUGGUGUCAGAACUUGCCAUCGAUGACAUACAUUUUGAUGACUUUUCUCUUGAUGUUGACGCCAUGAUCACAGCUGCCCUGCGGAUGUUCAUGGAGCUGGGGAUGGUACAGAAAUUUAAAAUUGACUAUGAGACACUAUGUAGGUGGCUCUUGACAGUGAGGAAAAAUUAUCGAAUGGUUCUGUACCACAACUGGAGACACGCCUUCAAUGUGUGCCAGCUGAUGUUUGCAAUGUUAACAACCGCAGGGUUUCAAGAGAUUCUGACCGAGGUGGAAAUUUUAGCGGUGAUUGUGGGAUGCCUGUGUCAUGACCUCGACCACAGGGGAACCAACAAUGCCUUCCAAGCUAAGAGCGGCUCUGCCCUGGCCCAACUGUAUGGAACUUCUGCUACCCUGGAGCAUCACCAUUUUAACCAUGCUGUGAUGAUCCUUCAAAGUGAGGGUCACAACAUCUUUGCUAAUUUGUCCUCCAAGGAAUAUAGUGACCUUAUGCAGCUUUUGAAGCAGUCAAUAUUAGCAACAGACCUCACGCUGUACUUUGAGAGGAGAACUGAAUUCUUUGAACUUGUCAGUAAAGGAGAAUAUGAUUGGAACAUCAAAAACCAUCGUGAUAUAUUUCGAUCAAUGUUAAUGACAGCCUGUGACCUUGGAGCCGUGACCAAACCAUGGGAGAUCUCGAGACAGGUGGCUGAACUUGUAACCAGUGAGUUCUUUGAACAAGGAGAUCGGGAGAGAUCAGAACUCAAACUCACUCCUUCAGCUAUCUUUGACCGGAACCGGAAAGAUGAACUGCCUCGGUUACAAUUGGAGUGGAUUGAUAGCAUCUGUAUGCCUUUGUAUCAGGCGUUGGUGAAGGUCAACGUGAAACUGAAGCCCAUGCUGGACUCGGUGGCAGCGAACAGAAGUAAGUGGGAAGAGCUGCACCAGAAAAGGCUGCUGGUGCCGGCCGCCUCACCCUCCUCUGCCAGCCUCGUGGCCGCUGGGGAAGACAGAAACUAACCCUCCAGCUUAGCUGCCGCUGCAAAAUGACUGCAUCCUGAAGGGCCAGCUUCGGGCCAGCCCACGUCAUCCUUUUGUUCCUUUAAGCUCUGGCAGAGUCUCUUGGUUUGCACCGGGAAGCACGCCUGGGCUUCCACCUUUAAGUGUGGUCCGCGGAGGAGAGUGCGACGGGAAGGACAGAGGAGGUGGGGAGGGAGCCCGGCCCGGGGCGCUCAGCUUCCCCUGACGAGCACACGAGCACACGUGGGAGAGGUGCUGGGCAGAGGACCCCGCACCAGAGGACAGCCGGCCCUGCUCAUGCCGAGCCCAGUGGCCGACGGAGCCCAGAGCAGGGAACGCGCCAUUAGCGCUGCUUCACUUUGUAUCCAGCUCUUCUAUUUGUUACAAGCCAAGCAAUGCCUGCCUUUGCAUCCUCUCCUGAGUGCCCUUUUGUGCCACACUGUUCCAAGAAGCCCAGUUUGUAUCCUGUAGAGGUAUUUUAUUUUUAUCCUAAAGCUUCUUAAUGAUGGAUUAGAGCCUUUAGAAUUGCCUACCUAAAAA